CGGCUGUAUGAGCUGUAUUACGGUAAAGCCUUGUGUUGAUAGCGGGUAGAGACCAAGCGAGCGCUCGUUACAGUCAGAUGUGCUUCAGAGACUCGAGUUAAUAUUUAUUGUUUAAAUGAGUAUUUUGUACUUUGUUCUUAAUUAAAACCUCAUGACGGAAAUAUUUUCAACACUGUUUGGCCAAAGCGAAGCUCAGGGUCCUCAAGGACCGGGGACUCUGGGCUUUGCUCCGGGAAAACCGCCGCCGCUGCCGCAGACACAAGCUCCGGCGCCGCCUCAGAUCCCAGCACAGCCCGGGGAUGAGGGGCCUGCAGCUCGGAAGCCGGGAGUCAUGAAUGAGCCUUUCUAUUUAUUGCGAGAACUUCCCGCUGGAAACGAUUUAACUGGUAACACAAACUUGAUAACACACUACAAUCUGGAGCAUGCAUACAAUAAGUUUUGUGGAAAGAAGGUGAAGGAGAAGCUGAGUAACUUCCUACCAGAAUUACCAGGUAUGAUAGACUGCCCAGGUGUUCAGGAUGGCAGCUCUCUUCGCUCUUUAAUAGAGAAGCCUCCAGUCUGUGGAAACUCCUUCAGUCCGCUGACUGGUGCUUUACUCACUGGUUUUAGACUACACACUGGACCGCUUCCAGAGCAGUACAGACUCAUGCAUAUUCAACCUCCAAAGAAGAAGAGCAAACAUAAACACAGACAUCAUCGACCUCAGGACCCCAUACCUCCAGCAGAGACACCGUCAGACACUGACCCCAAGAAGAAGAAGAAAAAGAGGGAUGAUGACCCUGAGCGCAAAAAGAAAAAGAAGGACAAGAAGAAGAAAAAGAAUCGGCACAGUCCUGACCACCCUGGUAUUACUGGUUCUCAACCCAACAGCAACAGUCUGAGAUAGAGAGAUGUGUGUGUGUGUGUGCGUGAGCGAGAGAGAGAGAGAUGGAUGAAUGGAUGUGGUGUGUGUGGAUGUGUGUAUGAUUUGUGACUGAUAUUAAGUAAACCUUGUUGUUACAGAUAAGCUGUAUUUCCACUUCUAUUUUCUCUUCAUGAUUCAGAAUGACUCAAAUAAAUUUUGUUAUUCUAA